AUGUGCUACUACUCGGGCAGCUUCGCCAUCCAAUUCAGCCAGCUCUUAUAUAUCCGCUUUGCUGGAGAUUUGGACCCUCAACGAACCGAAAGAUACCGCCAGCAAGCACGAGACUUUGGUGCUGGAUUCUGGAGAUAUUUCGAUUCCGAGGGUGCAGCGAUACCAUUCGGUCGUUCUUUGACGUACCGCUUUGCCUGUGGUGGCUUCUUCGCAGCCCUCGCUCUAGCUGGAGUUGACCAAAUGCCCGUACCGCUUCAAACAUUGGGCGAUGUCAAGGGGUUUCUCCUACGCCAUCUUAGAUGGUGGGCGAGACACUCGGACAAUAUCUUUUAUCCAGAUGGAACGCUAAAUAUCGGCUGGGUUUAUCCGAACUGGUAUCUUGCCGAAGACUACAACUCACCCCAAUCCGUCUAUUGGGCUCUAAAAUCUCUUGUAAUCGUUGCUUUAGAUGCUGACCAUCCAUUCUGGGUCCAGCCCGAAACGCCAUAUCCUGAUGGUGGUGGGGUGAGUCUUGUUUCUGCACCACAACAAAUACUAUGCAACCAUCCCCGAGGAAGUCACCAUUUUCUUCUAUCCUUCUCCCAGUUUAUCGGUAUACCUUUCAAAGCUUCAAGGGCUAAAUACUCCAAAUUUGCCUACUCAUCAGCAUUUGGGUUCUCUGUCCCCAAUGGUCCUGUUUCACUAAGACAAUCACCACCCGACAAUACGCUUGCUUUUAGCAGAGAUGGUGGCGACACUUGGGCCGUAAAAUACAAGGCAGAGCAAGCUAAGUUUGGUAAAAUCAUGGUUUGUGAUGAGGAAGUGCCCAUAGGGACGGUAUCAUGGUACCCCUGGACUGAUCGUAGCGUCGUUGUUACGACUACUAUGAUCCCGCCAACGUCGAGAUGGCCAGACUGGCACAUCCGUAUUCAUAAAAUCAAGGCGACUAAAUCAACCUCACGGGUGUUCUUGUCCGAGGGAGGGUUCGCAAUCAACAGUCGCCAGAAGAGCAAUCAUCUACUGCUACCUGAAGUGCCAGUCAAUGAGCAAACUGACGCAGUCGCUGACGGUAUCAUUCGUACCGGCAAUUCGGUGCUGGUCUUAAAUAAUGGCGAUGCAUCCGGGAUUGCCAUCGAUGAACCCGCAAAAGCCUCUCUCAGCUUCUCAAUGUCGGCCUUCGAUCCGGAACCAAAUACGAACCUCAUGGUGUCAAGGAGCUUUAUACCGUUGGUUGAAUAUGACAUUGAGGGCGGUUUUAAGGAAGAAGAAGAGAUUAUUCUCGUCGCCAAAGUCUUUGCGAUUUCAACGAAGGUCAAUUCUACAAGAGAACCUCCGUAUCCAAUGGAACGAUGGCUAGACGCACCCCGAGUCACUUUCCCGGAAACAAGGCAGUCAACUGACAAUGAUAGUCAUAUUUAUGUCAAUAUUCUUUAA